GCAUGUCACAGAAUGUAAAAUCGUUCAAGAGUGAAAACGAAAACGGUUUUAGCUUCUCUAAAAAACGGAAAACGCAAAAAUUUUGCGUUUUGAUAUCACUUUCAAAAAGCAGGGUGAAAUUGAAAUGUUUAGUGAUUUUAACGUAAAAAAUAAACAGAAGACACAUACAUUUAACAGAAAAUAUUGUAUUAACCAAAUUCUCUUAGAAUGAACAUGUUUUUGGAAUUUAUUUUACAAAAAAUCUAUUAUUUUUCUAAUCCAUGAUGAAAACGCAAAAAAAUAUGCAGAAAUGAACGGCAGACUUGUAUUGUUGAAUUAUUGCCAUAUGUGUUGAAGAAGAAGGUGUAGAAAUGUACAACUGACAGACCAAAAAGCAAGAAAGGGGAAAAACAAAAAAACAAUUAAUUGUUUGGUUUGAGACAGAGCGCUUCAGUCAAUCGGGCAAAAAUGGGCAAACACCGAAACGUUAAACAGGACAAAAUUUUUAUCAAUUUUAUGGAUAAACAUCACGAUAUUGCCAGGGGCUAUGUAAAAGGUGAUAAGGUUGUUGUUGAUUCCCUAUGGACAGAAUUGACAGCUUUGCUGAAUAGUUCAGGUCCACCAAGUAAAACCUGUAAAGAAUGGAAGAAAGUUUGGUCAGAUUGGAAAGGAAAUGUUAAGGCGAAGAUGUGCCAUAAUAAAAAGGACUUGCGAGGAACUGGUGGUGGUGAUAUCAAUCAAUAUGUUUUCAAUGAACACGAGAACAGUUUAAUCAGAAUUUGCGGAUUGUAUAAAAGUGUCGAUGGAGUUGGUGGUGCAGUAAGCUUUGCGGAUUUUGUAAGUGAAUUAGACCUCAGUUGUUCUGAAAAAGAAAACUUUGAUUCGUCAUCAUCUACACAUAUUCCAAGAACUCGAAAAUCAAGUCAAUUAGUUUUAAGUGAAUCUGAAAACGAAGAGCUUAAUUUUUCACCCUCAACUUCAAAACAGACCACUUCGAUUUUAAAUAAAAAAGAUAGACCAAGAUCAUGCAUUCCAGCUGCUUUUAAAAAUGUUUCUACAUUGGCAAUUGAUCCAAGAACACCAACAUUGGAAGAAAACCGUUCGCGAACACCUAUUCAAAAACGACUUAGAAAUAAAAGCUUAUCGUGUUCUCCGCCAUCUACACCAAUAAGACAAGUGUCGGGCAGCCUAACAAAAGCAAAACCCACGCCUGCAGUAAAAAGACCCCGGGCAAGAACUCCCUCAAAGCAAGAUCUAAAUGCGCUUUUAGUUGAGGAAAAUUCUCAUUUACAAAACUUGGAAAAAAUUUGUAAAAUUCUAGAAGAUAACAGUAAGGAAAUGAAAAAACAAACUGAAAAGUUGGACAGACUUUGUAACAUCCUGGAAAAAAAGUAUGUGGAAGAGCAGUUACAUAAUAUUGAAAUGCAAAAGAGAAUGCGUGAACGGAACGAAAUGAAACUCAAAAUAGUUGAACUUGAAACUCUUAAAUAUGCUAUAGAACAGGAAAAAGCAAAUACGACUCGUUCUUAACUUUACAUUAUUUUACACAAUGGACUAAAAACAAU